AAAACUUGCACCUUUUUCUCUUCCACAUACAUCACACAUCAGAUUUAGGACUUCCCCUUUUUAGCCUCAUAACCUCCAAGCUAAAAGUUUCUGAGUUUUUGCCAAUUUUGAGAUGGUGAGGGGGAAAACUCAGAUGAGGCGUAUAGAAAACGCCACAAGCAGGCAAGUCACUUUCUCUAAGCGCAGAAAUGGUUUGCUCAAGAAAGCUUUUGAACUUUCAGUUCUGUGUGAUGCUGAGAUUGGUUUGGUUAUUUUUUCUCCAAGAGGCAAGCUCUAUGAAUUUGCUAGCUCAAGCAUGCAGGAUAUAAUGGAGCGUUAUAAGAGGCAUGCUAAAGACAGAAUUCAACCUGAAAACGAAGCUGUGGCACAGAAUCUGCAGCAUGAAGCAGCAAGUUUAAUGAAGAAGAUAGAGCUUCUUGAAACAUCAAAAAGGAAACUCUUGGGAGAAGGUCUGCAUUCCUGUACCCUUCAAGAACUACAACAGAUAGAAAAACAGUUGGAACGGAGUGUCAGCACCAUACGGGCACGAAAGAUUCAAGUUUUCAAGGAACAGGUUCAGCGACUAAAAGAAAAGGAGAAAAUCCUUGAUGCUGAAAAUGCAAUGCUGAGGGAGAAGUUUGGUGGCUUUCAACAGAGACAAACACCAAGUGGGGAGAAGGAAGGAGAAGCUCUUUGUACAGAGAGUAGCGAAAAAUCGGAUGUGGAGACUGAAUUGUUUAUAGGACCACCAGAGUGCAGAAUAAGGCAUCCAUUACAGAAUUGACCGGUUAAACAUAUUCUGCCCUAUCUGCAUUUAAGGGUGUAUAAUCAAUUGUCAAAUAGUCGUUAGGCUAAAUAAAUGUGCAUUUGAGCAAGCAAACUAAUUAGGCUUAUGUCUCUUUGGCGCAUCUGAUGGAACUUAUAUUUCCUUUGACACUCUUAGUAAUGAACUCCUCUAUUUAUGAUGUUAAGCACCUGCUUGCUGCUUUCAUAUUUGUAGGACAGCUAUAAUAAAACUUAACAAUAUUCUAAUAGUUGUUUAUGGUAUAUAUCAGGAAAAUCUUAAGCA